CGGCUGUAAGGCGCGCGGUGCCACUGCCCGGUGGCCCCGGCUUCCGCGUCCCAGGCCCGGCUCAGCCCCGGCCUCCGCCCCGCUCCCGCCUCAGCCGCGGCCCGCCGAGCCCGCGGGCAACCGAGCCGCCAGCGACGCCCGCACAGCCGCGGGGGCCCGGGCGGGGGGCCAUGCCGUGCCGGAGGGAGGAGGAGGAGGAAGCCGGCGACGAGGCGGAGGGGGAGGACGACGACGACAGCUUCCUCCUGCUGCAGCAGUCGGUGACUCUGGGCGGCUCGGCCGACGUGGACCGGCUCAUCGCCCAGAUCGGCGAGACGCUGCAGCUGGACUCGGAGCACGACGGCCCGGCCUCACCGUGUGCUGCCCCGGGUCCCCCGGCCCCGCCUCCGCCCCCGCGGGUCCUGGCGACGCUGCCGGCGGACAAGGCCGGGGCCCCGGCGAGGCAGCUGCUGUGGCCGGCCGCGUCUGCGGAGGCCGGGGACCCGGCGCCCCCGGGGGCCGUGCGCUGCGUGCUGGGAGAGCGUGGGCGCGUGCGGGGCCGGGCGGCUCCCUACUGCGUGGCGGAGCUCACCACCGGCUCUAGCACGCUGUGCCCUCUGCCCCCGCCGCCCGGCCUUGAGGGACCCCCGGGGACCUGCAAGCCAAGCAACCCGCAGCCUCUUUCGGGCCCGUGCCGGCGGGGUUGGCUCCGGAGCGCAGCCGCGUCCCGCCGCCUGCAACAGCGACGCGGAUCUCAACCGGAGACCCGCACCGGCGACGACGACCCGCACCGGCUCCUGCAGCAGCUCGUGCUCUCGGGAAACCUCAUCAAGGAGGCGGUGAGGAGGCUACAUUCGCGACGGCUACAGCUACACGCAAAGCUUCCCGCACACUCGUUCAUCGGGCCUCUGUCGGCCCCGGUGCACGAGCCGCCUUCUCCCCGGAGCCCUCGAGCGGCCUGCAGCGACCCUGGUGCUUGCGGGAGGGCGCGGCUCAGAACUGGGGACGACCUUCUUGUUCCUGGCAGCUAACAACCAGGGUGGCCACAACACCAGCCUGUAGCUGGGGACCAAGAGAUUCGCCCAGGAUUGCACCGGACUGGACUGGUGGAGGACUCGAGCAUUUGAAAACGGGAUAAUAAACUAAGAAAUACUGCCGAAAAAUCGCUAUUAUUUUCAUGGGGUCACUGAAGUUGAGACCCCCCAAACUGUUUGAAAUCCAGGACUUAGGCUUGUUUAAAGCAGAUUUUAUAGAGUGCACCGCAGGCUGUCAGCAGGACUCCUUUUUUCGCAGAAUCCAACCUCGUCGCUGCAAUUUCGCGCAGACUCUGCGGGGCAAUCCGGCGACCACGUGGCUACGGUGCAUGCUCUCAGGAUCGGCCAGCCGUGGUGGAACGAGGGACGAUGAUCACAGUUACAUGCUGUACUUUUCAGGACUGCUUUCUGAUCCACUUUGGGGGAGGGGGGGGCAAGAGUGGGUGCAAUUUCGGGGAGCACCCCAAAAUGCUACACUUGAACAUUUUAUGGCAGUUAAAAGACCGUCUCGUAUCUUUUGCGGUGCUGGUUUUAAUGUAAAACAUGCGGUACCACGAAAGGACCCUCAUGGGGCUAAAUAGAAGUAACAUUUUUUUU